AUCUCUUGAAUAUUAUGGAAUAAUCCAUCUGAAGAUGAAAACCUGAUGGGUUUGACAAACUUUCAUUUUGGGAGGAGCAACCCUAUUAACGUCGGUACGCUUCGUGCAUGUUUACUGUCAGUGGUUAAAGUCAAAGCAUGUUUGAGGCUACAAAUAUUCAGCCUGUGAUUAUGUAAUGUCUUUAGUUUUCUACGCUACUUUCAUCAGUAAUCAUUGCGCAAGUUUGACUUUCUGUGCAUUGUCUAAAAUUGACAAAUACCAAAAGGACCCAAAUCUAGGAACACAAAUUUCACAGACAGAGCAAGCUUUUUACUAGUUUGCUGUAAGUUAAAAUUGGUUUCAUGACGUGAAAUUUGGUUGGAGCUGAAUGAGCGAAUCACGAGAAUACUUUUAAUAUUUUAGACCUACCAUAAGUAGCUGAGCAACUGCUUCUGAACAAGUACUGUUUAAUCUAUCAUCUACCAACACUUUAUUUAGAUGGCCCACCAAGUAAAACUGCAGUUACGUCAACAUAUUUUGCUAACCCUAACCAAAAAGUAUUUCUCUAAAGAAAGUUAAUGACAUGCAGUUGCCAAGUUACUUACAGAUGAUAGAAUGUCUAAAGUGGACUGUCAAAAUAGUGCUACCAAAUAUUAUUUGAUUACCAGAAAAGGGUGAAAUAUUGUAACCUCUCACUGUUUAAAUACAGUGUCCCUUUGAAACUGCUCUCAUGCACUCAUCUAAGCACUCUGUUGCUCCCUGACUCACUCUUUUAGUUCAAUACAUGGUCCAUUUGUGGAUCGGGGGUACUUUUCCAUGAAUAAUGCACCCUGACAUAGACAUGCCAUUAUUUCACCUGAUGGGCCUUUAUGAAAUAUGUCUAUCAAUGCUAUUGAUGUGUGAGUCAGAGGGCCAGUGGACAUAUUUCAGCAUUAAUGCACCGCAUUAUCAAGGCACAGAUCUACCAAUGAUGAACGUGGUGCUUUAGGCGAAAAAAAAAAAAAUUCAUAUAUUUGACUAUCAUUCAAAAGUGCAUACCAUGACAUGUUGUAAAAUAAUGCGAUCCUAAAAUGUUGUUUACAAUGUCAGGUUCCAAAAUAUCAUCUUAUAACAAAAUCAGUGUUGCAUGGUUUAGCCUUGAAACAGGGUUGUGGGAUUUGUGGCAGAGCUUGACAUUGUGCAUGUGUUUAUGCAUGCGCUUUAAAGCUGUUCAAUUCUGUUGAUAAGAAUGAGGAUUAGGAGACUUUAGUUGUUUAGUUCAGAUAGCUCUUUCACAUUUACUCUUCUGUAUACAACGCCGACCUCCGCCCCUCUCUCUUAAACACAGGUUGUGUCACUGUGCUUUAUUAACGAGCGCUGUAUCUGCUAAACCCCUUGUUCAUCUGACUGAAAUAAUAUUUACGGCUUCCAUUGUCUAUAAAAACUUCAGCUGUCGUCUAAUCGCAGAGGUGACGUGUUAGGAGCGUAAAAAAAUGAGGAAGGUGGACGCGGGAGUUCAAAAGGAUGGGAGGGUUAUUGUGAUGGUCCUCUGGCAGAUUGACCACAGCAGAAUUGAUUCACUCCUCCCGUAUAAACAGAGAGCAACAGGAACAAAAGAGGCUUAAGACUGAAAAGCAAGCAUUUCACUUUGAGAUUAAGAGACAGUGGCAGGCUGAAAAAGACGGAGAGAAAAACACAGAAGAGGUGGACUGACAGAGGAAGUACAGUUAAUGUCUAAGAGAGUAAAUGGCUCGUGGAUGGGGUCUAUCUCUGUCCCGUCCUCCAUCCCUCAUGCCUUCCGCUCUCAGCUCUCUUCGACCGCUGACCUCAGCAUAGCCAUCUUUCUCAUCGUCACAGGUGUGGUGUCUGUGGUCGGGAAUGGGCUGGUGUUGUUGGUUUACGGACAGAGGAGGAAGAAGCUCAGAGCUCACGAGCUGAUGACCAUCAAUCUGGCAGUUUGUGAUUUUGGCUACAGCCUGCUGGGGGCGCCCUGUGUCAUCAUCUCAAGUCUGUCGCAUGCAUGGAUUUUUGGGGACACAGGAUGUAUGUGGUAUGGGUUUCAGGGCUUUGUUUUUGGCAUCGGGUCUCUCAUUACUACCUGCCUUAUCUCCCUCGACCGCUGCUUCAAGAUCUGUAGCUUUCGAUAUGGUCAGUGGAUUGAGAGAAAACACGCCUCUCUGUCCGUGGCUCUGGUGUGGAUCUAUACGUUAUUCUGGGCCACACUACCUGUGUUUGGCUUUGGUAGUUACAGCCCGGAACCCUACGGAACUAGCUGCACCAUAAACUGGUGGAAAAUGAAGUCUUCACUCAAGGAUAGAGUCUACAUUUACUUGAUUCUGUCACUCUGCUUUGGAGUUCCCACCUUCACUAUCAUCACUUCAUACCUCGCUAUAAUCAUCAAGGUGUAUCGGUCUGGUCGCGUAUUGGCUUCAAUCCCUUCAUCCAAUGUCACUCACAACAGCAAAGAUCUCCGGCUGACAAAGAUAGCAGCAGUGGUGUGUUCCUCAUUUCUGAUAGCCUGGACUCCCUAUGCGAUCGUUUCUCUCUACUCCGCUUUGACUGCCAGAGAGGAGCACGCUGGAGAAGACGGAGGAAGCGCUCUCGCGGGUGGAAUGCCAGCAGCAGGGGUCGGCCACGGCGGAGGGUUGUCUGAUGUCUUUGGUUUUCCCUUCCUCAUUAACUGGACCUCUCCAGAACACUUUGGGGAUGCUUUUGGCUCCUGGAGGAAUAUGACUUCUGAUCAUUCCCAUCAUUCAGCAGGGCAUCAUGGGUCAAGUUCGACUGUGGGUUCUGAACAUGGAGGGAUGAAUGGACAUCUGUCACAUCUUGUGUCCAUCCUGAAGCCAGAGGUCUCGCUCAUUCCAGCUAUUCUGGCCAAAUCCCACUGCAUGAUAAACCCCUUCAUCUACCAGAUCAUGAACCGCGACUUCAGGGAGGAUGUCUAUGAUCUCCUGUGUCUGAGAGGAAAAGAUGGAGAGAGGAGGAGAACAAGGAGCACAGACGGCAGUGAUUCCGAUGGGUAUCGUGGAAGCGUCACACUCUCUUAUAUCCAAAGCUGGAGGAGAAGAAGCACAGCUACCAGUCAGUCAUCUGGGGAGCGUGUGAAGAAGGAUUCCUCACGGAAGAGUAGAGGUAGUAGAGGGAGCCGAGGGAGCACAGGUCAGGGAGGGUCCUGUCAGGACAGCACAGCAGUCGGGUGGGCAACCUUGGAUACUACAACCUUAGACACUCAGGCCAACUUAGAAAGAGAGAGAGGGAAGGAGGUGGAAAGAGAGGCAAACAAAGACCUUCGAGAACCCACUUCUAACAGCCAGUUGACGGGUGAGGAGUGAUGCUUGCUGUCUAAAGAGACAGCUACAGCAUAGUUCACAAUGCAGUUAGUUAGCUCAAAAUAUCUGUUGGUUUAGGUAAAAACUGUUUGGUUUUUUUUCCGCUUGUGUCAUCCAGUGUGAUUUUGCACAUAUCCAGGUGCUUUGACACAUGAAGCUCUAGUUAGGAUUUUCAUAUAGGUUUUUCCUUUGUGUGUUAGUAACUGGAUCCUGUAUAUGUAUUUAUUUAUUAAUAUAUAUAUAUAUAGUGUAUCAAAAUAUUUAAUGUCUUUACUUAUUGUACUUAUGUUUUUGCAUAUGUAGAGAGCACCAUCCAAUCCAAAACUACUUUUUCUGAAUAAAUGUGAAAUGUAAAUAAAGUUUACAACAACGA